AUCGGCGCGCGUCGAGCGCGCGGAGCGCGUUCCGAGAACCACCGAGAGCGGAGGCCACGUGACUGGGAGCCACUGGAGGUCCGGACUCCGGAGCAAGUGGGACAAAUUUCGCGCGUACGACUUGUUGCGCGCGCAAGACGUGUGUGUCGGUUCGGAGAAUGUCGAUUUGUUGACUUAAAAGUUGCUCGUGCGCUCGAUGUGACCGCAUAGUAUUCACGGGGAUUCUGUAUGGACGCUAUCUGCGGCAGCGAAUAUGGCGUUGCUAGUCAAACGUCAGCUGGGCCUCGUGAUAAGGAGGUUCAAGUUCGAGGAACUGGAGGACGCCGUGCUACCCGCCUUCCCGGAGAUCUCCUGGACGCGCGUCAAGUCUAAGCUGAUUAAGAACCACAAGAACUUCACGGCGCUUCAAGUGGCGCGCAUCCUCGAGGAAGUUCUCGACAACGUAGAGUUAAGAGAGAAGGAUUUACGCGACAGGUUGGCAACGCUAGAAGUGAUAGAUGUAAGCAGACACGAUAAGAGGAAGAUAUGGUACGGAUACGAAUUGACAAGCUCGAGUGAUGCUCCGAGAUACGUUGAGCAACGGGAGGUACAGUCACGCAUUGAAGAGGAAUUUCACACCAGCGGUUUGCAAGUGAUGGUGAAGACUGCAACUCAUGACAACGUCACAUUUAUAUAUGUUAAAGAAACAAGGAAAAAGAGGGCACCACGCCAACGUACCACGCCAACGUUUUUUGCCUUGUUCCUAGGACACAAGUAUUUUUUCUGCUCAAAGAAAAACGUAUUGUCCGGCUAUGUAAAGGCGAUAGCUGCCAGUCUGGGUUGCGACAACGGCAAGAAGAUCAAGCUGUCGGGCAAGGAUCUCAGAUCUUUAAUAAAAUUAUUAUGGAUUAGGCAACAAAACGUUUUACAUAUCGAGAACAUUAGUCAACCACCAGUUUACCAACCGUCCAGUCCCGUCGUCAGUAAGAACGGCGUGGAUUAUACACAGAGCAAGCAACGGAGAAGUUACGGAGAGCAGUGUCUUGGCGAAAACCCUCCCACUUUAGAUGUGCUCGUUAUAAAAGCGCCAGAGCAAUCUGUAUACCAUGACAGUGUAGCUUCGAAGUUAUCUACCGACAGUAUCCGUAUGAACUGGGAAUUUAAUAGUCGCAAUCUAGCUAGGUUUUUAAUCGUUCUGAUUGAAAAAGGUGCGUUCACGCUGCCCUUACCCGAGUAUGUGUCUAAUCUCAUGACAAGAGGAAGAAACGAAUUAACACUUUGUCAAAUUAACCAGUAAAUUCGAUCGAAAAUACAAUGUUUUUACGACGCAGUCAAGCACCUCGUGCACACAGUGCCUACAGGUUACUUUGGUCAACCGUGAAGAAAUGUUAGAUAUUAUUUUUGAGUAAUAAUGACGCACAAAGCUGCUAUAAUUGACGAUUGUUUAUAAAGAAUAAGAAAAUUAUUUAAAAUUGUAUAUAAACUAUACUCUGACAUAAUAUAAUCAAUAUUUAAUUUCGUGUAAAGUAGAUCGGUUUAAUGAAAGAGCAGCGAGAAGAAUCACUGGCUAAAGUCAGCCCUUCGGGUCCAAAUUAGCGAGAAUGAAGAGUGCGGAAUAACUGUAACUUGUUAUAUAAUUUGACAUAGAAAUGUUCCAUUAAAAGCCUCUAUUACAUUAAUAAAGUACGUUUAUUAAAAGUU